AUGACUCAUCUUGAAACGUUCAGUUCCAAAGAUCUCAGCUCCGAGAAAGGCAGCUACAGUGUUCAUGAGACAGACGAGUCGACUACCCUCGCACGCUUUGGCGUGGAACGACGAGAUGACGGGUUGAUUAACUGGCGACGAGAUUGCAAAUCGCAUCCUCGCAACUGGUCUCUGGCGAGAAAGACGUUUGAUACAACGGUCAUCAUUCUUUUUGAACUAUACACCACCAUCAUCAGCACAACGGGCGCUGUAGCGGCGACAGAAGCCGCACCUGAAUAUGGAAUGAGUCGACAGGCAUCUUUGAUAGGCUUCACCCUCAUGUACCAACUUGGCCAAGCAGUGGGUGGUUUUUUGAUUCCCCCAUUUUCAGAGCUCUUCGGCCGUCGUCUCCCUUAUCUGGUAUCCUGCGCCGCGUUCUGUAUUUUUAGCCUCCUCACAGGUGUAGUACACCACACGGCAGCAGUAUACGUAGGCCGUUUCGUCGCAGGUAUUGCAUCAGCUGUCCCGUCCGUGGUGAUAGCCGGCAGUGUGGAGGACAUGUUCAAUACUAAACGUCGAGUUUGGAUCAUCGUUCUGUGGAACGCAGGGACGACGGUCGGCCUAUGCUUUGGACCCAUUUACGCCGCUUACAUCUCAGAGGCAGUGGGAUGGCGAUGGAUCUUUUACAGCGCAGCAAUUGUCACUGGCGUUUUGUUCGUAUCCCUCUUUGGCAUCAAAGAGAGCAGGCCCAGUCUUCUGCUGGGUCAUAUCGUUCAACGAAUGGGCGAGCAGACGAGCAUUCAAGACCUGAACUGGCACAACCCUGACGAGGCCCCUGACUUCAGGGCGCUGGUUCAAAUCAGUGUAGUCAGACCGGGAAGGAUCUUACUCACCGAGCCCUUGGUUAUCAUGGUUGCGCUAAUCUCGGCAUCGUCGUGGGGGAUGAUAUACUUGUUCACCGAGUCACUCACCGUGGUCUACAUUUCCCUUGGGUUUACCAAGACUCAGGCUUCACUCCCAUUUCUUGCUAUUGCUGUCGGGGUCAUCUUCACUUUUCUACCUCGUCUCUGGGAUAUGAAGAUUGUUAAAGAUCGGCAGCGCAAACAGAUUCCUGUCCAACCUGAGGAUAAAAUCAUCGGCUUCGCCUUCGCAGCGCCUGCUCAAGCCAUUGGUUUAGCGUGGUUCGCGUGGACCAUUCCACCGUUGAUUGAAGACGUUCACUGGAUGGUUCCCACGGCGGCGUUGGUUUUUGUAGGAUUUGCGGUUAACGAGACGGCCCAUACACUUAGUGGCUACCUUGCAGACUCCUAUCUGCUGUACUCGGCGUCAGCGUUCUCGGGCCUUGCCUUCGUACGCGCCGUCGCGUCAGGGUUGAUGCCACUCAUCGCACACGAAAUGUAUGCUGGCUUAAACGCCAAUCAUGCAGGUACAAUACUCGCGGCGUUGGCUGCUGCAUUCUGUGUGACGCCCUGGCUAUUCUUCCGGUUCAGCAAACGGUUGAGGCAGAAAAGUCCCUUUGCGAGAUUCAGUCUCGAGACGCAUUACAGGACGAAUGUGGAAGCGAACUGA